AUGAAAGCAACUCUUUCUUCGGAUGGUGAGAUGAAAGUAACUCUUUCAUCAGAUGGUGAGAUGAAAGCAACUCUUUCAUCAGAUGGUGAGAUGAAAGUAACUCUUUCAUCAGAUGGUGAGAUGAAAGUACCUCUUUCAUCAAAUGGUGAGAUCAAAGCAACUCUUUCAUCAGAUGGUGAGAUGAAAGCAACUCUUUCAUCAGAUGGUGAGAUGAAAGUACCUCUUUUAUCAGAUGGUGAGAUGAAAGUACCUCUUUCAUCAGAUGGUGAGAUGAAAGCAACUCUUUCAUCAGAUGGUGAGAUGAAAGCAACUCUUUCUUCGAAUGGUGAGAUGAAAGUAACUCUUUCAUCAGAUGGUGAGAUGAAAGCAACUCUUUCAUCAGAUGGUGAGAUGAAAGUAACUCUUUCAUCAGAUGGUGAGAUGAAAGUACCUCUUUUAUCAGAUGGUGAGAUCAAAGUAACUCUUUCAUCAGAUGGUGAGAUGAAAGCAACUCUUUCAUCAGAUGGUGAGAUGAAAGUACCUCUUUCAUCAGAUGGUGAUAUGAAAGUAAUUCUUUCAUCAGAUGGUGAGAUAAAAGUACCUCUUUCAUCAGAUGGUGAGAUGAAAGCAACUCUUUCAUCAGAUGGUGAGAUGAAAGUACCUCUUUCAUCAGAUGGUGAGAUGAAAGUAACUCUUUUAUCAGAUGAUGGUGAGAUGAAAGCAACUCUUUCAUCAGAUGGUGAGAUGAAAGUACCUCUUUUAUCAGAUGGUGAGAUCAAAGUAACUCUUUCAUCAGAUGGUGAGAUGAAAGCAACUCUUUCAUCAGAUGGUGAGAUGAAAGUACCUCUUUCAUCAGAUGGUGAGAUGAAAGUAAUUCUUUCAUCAGAUGCUGAGAUGAAAGUACCUCUUUCAUCAGAUGGUGAGAUGAAAAUACCUCUUUCAUCAGAUGGUGAGAUGAAAGCAACUCUUUCAUUAGAUGGUGAGAUGAAAGCAACUCUUUCAUCAGAUGGUGAGAUGAAAGCAACUCUUUCAUCAGAUGGUGAGAUGAAAGCAACUCUUUCUUCAGAUGGUGAGAUGAAAGUAACUCUUUCAUCAGAUGGUGAGAUGAAAGCAACUCUUUCAUCAGAUGGUGAGAUGAAAGUAACUCUUUCAUCAGAUGGUGAGAUGAAAGUACCUCUUUCAUCAAAUGGUGAGAUCAAAGUAACUCUUUCAUCAGAUGGUGAGAUGAAAGCAACUCUUUCAUCAGAUGGUGAGAUGAAAGUACCUCUUUUAUCAGAUGGUGAGAUCAAAGUAACUCUUUCAUCAGAUGGUGAGAUGAAAGCAACUCUUUCAUCAGAUGGUGAGAUGAAAGUACCUCUUUCAUCAGAUGGUGAGAUGAAAGUAAUUCUUUCAUCAGAUGCUGAGAUGAAAGUACCUCUUUCAUCAGAUGGUGAGAUGAAAAUACCUCUUUCAUCAGAUGGUGAGAUGAAAGCAACUCUUUCAUUAGAUGGUGAGAUGAAAGCAACUCUUUCAUCAGAUGGUGAGAUGAAAGCAACUCUUUCAUCAGAUGGUGAGAUGAAAGCAACUCUUUCUUCAGAUGGUGAGAUGAAAGUAACUCUUUCAUCAGAUGGUGAGAUGAAAGCAACUCUUUCAUCAGAUGGUGAGAUGAAAGUAACUCUUUCAUCAGAUGGUGAGAUGAAAGUACCUCUUUCAUCAAAUGGUGAGAUCAAAGUAACUCUUUCAUCAGAUGGUGAGAUGAAAGCAACUCUUUCAUCAGAUGGUGUGAUGAAAGUACCUCUUUCAUCAGAUGGUGAUAUGAAAGAAAUUCUUUCAUCAGAUGGUGAGAUGAAAGUACCUCUUUCAUCAGAUCGUGAUAUGAAAGUAAUUCUUUCAUCAGAUGGUGAGAUGAAAGUACCUCUUUCAUCAGAUGGUGAGAUGAAAGCAACUCUUUCAUCAGAUGGUGAGAUGAAAGCAACUCUUUCUUCAGAUGGUGAGAUGAAAGUAACUCUUUCAUCAGAUGGUGAGAUGAAAGUACCUCUUUCAUCAGAUGGUGAGAUGAAAGCAACUCUUUCAUUAGAUGGAGAGAUGAAAGUACCUCUUUCAUCAGAUGGUGAUAUGAAAGUAAUUCUUUCAUCAGAUGGUGAGAUGAAAGCAACUCUUUCAUCAGAUGGUGUGAUGAAAGUACCUCUUUCAUCAGAUGGUGAUAUGAAAGAAAUUCUUUCAUCAGAUGGUGAGAUGAAAGUACCUCUUUCAUCAGAUCGUGAUAUGAAAGUAAUUCUUUCAUCAGAUGGUGAGAUGAAAGUACCUCUUUCAUCAGAUGGUGAGAUGAAAGCAACUCUUUCAUCAGAUGGUGAGAUGAAAGCAACUCUUUCUUCAGAUGGUGAGAUGAAAGUAACUCUUUCAUCAGAUGGUGAGAUGAAAGUACCUCUUUCAUCAGAUGGUGAGAUGAAAGCAACUCUUUCAUCAGAUGGUGAGAUGAAAGCAACUCUUUCUUCAGAUGGUGAGAUGAAAGUAACUCUUUCAUCAGAUGGUGAGAUGAAAGCAACUCUUUCAUCAGAUGGUGAGAUGAAAGUAACUCUUUCAUCAGAUGGUGAGAUGAAAGUACCUCUUUCAUCAAAUGGUGAGAUCAAAGUAACUCUUUCAUCAGAUGGUGAGAUGAAAGCAACUCUUUCAUCAGAUGGUGUGAUGAAAGUACCUCUUUCAUCAGAUGGUGAUAUGAAAGAAAUUCUUUCAUCAGAUGGUGAGAUGAAAGUACCUCUUUCAUCAGAUCGUGAUAUGAAAGUAAUUCUUUCAUCAGAUGGUGAGAUGAAAGUACCUCUUUCAUCAGAUGGUGAGAUGAAAGCAACUCUUUCAUCAGAUGGUGAGAUGAAAGUAACUCUUUCAUCAGAUGGUGAGAUGAAAGUACCUCUUUUAUCAGAUGGUGAGAUCAAAGUAACUCUUUCAUCAGAUGGUGAGAUGAAAGCAACUCUUUCAUCAGAUGGUGAGAUGAAAGUACCUCUUUCAUCAGAUGGUGAUAUGAAAGUAAUUCUUUCAUCAGAUGGUGAGAUGAAAGUACCUCUUUCAUCAGAUGGUGAGAUGAAAGCAACUCUUUCAUCAGAUGGUGAGAUGAAAGUACCUCUUUCAUCAGAUGGUGAGAUGAAAGUAACUCUUUUAUCAGAUGGUGAGAUGAAAGUAACUCUUUCAUCAGAUGAUGGUGAGAUGAAAGCAACUCUUUCAUCAGAUGGUGAGAUGAAAGUACCUCUUUUAUCAGAUGGUGAGAUCAAAGUAACUCUUUCAUCAGAUGGUGAGAUGAAAGCAACUCUUUCAUCAGAUGGUGAGAUGAAAGUACCUCUUUCAUCAGAUGGUGAGAUGAAAGUAAUUCUUUCAUCAGAUGCUGAGAUGAAAGUACCUCUUUCAUCAGAUGGUGAGAUGAAAAUACCUCUUUCAUCAGAUGGUGAGAUGAAAGCAACUCUUUCAUUAGAUGGUGAGAUGAAAGCAACUCUUUCAUCAGAUGGUGAGAUGAAAGCAACUCUUUCAUCAGAUGGUGAGAUGAAAGCAACUCUUUCUUCAGAUGGUGAGAUGAAAGUAACUCUUUCAUCAGAUGGUGAGAUGAAAGCAACUCUUUCAUCAGAUGGUGAGAUGAAAGUAACUCUUUCAUCAGAUGGUGAGAUGAAAGUACCUCUUUCAUCAAAUGGUGAGAUCAAAGUAACUCUUUCAUCAGAUGGUGAGAUGAAAGCAACUCUUUCAUCAGAUGGUGUGAUGAAAGUACCUCUUUCAUCAGAUGGUGAUAUGAAAGAAAUUCUUUCAUCAGAUGGUGAGAUGAAAGUACCUCUUUCAUCAGAUCGUGAUAUGAAAGUAAUUCUUUCAUCAGAUGGUGAGAUGAAAGUACCUCUUUCAUCAGAUGGUGAGAUGAAAGCAACUCUUUCAUCAGAUGGUGAGAUGAAAGCAACUCUUUCUUCAGAUGGUGAGAUGAAAGUAACUCUUUCAUCAGAUGGUGAGAUGAAAGUACCUCUUUCAUCAGAUGGUGAGAUGAAAGCAACUCUUUCAUUAGAUGGAGAGAUGAAAGUACCUCUUUCAUCAGAUGGUGAUAUGAAAGUAAUUCUUUCAUCAGAUGGUGAGAUGAAAGCAACUCUUUCAUCAGAUGGUGUGAUGAAAGUACCUCUUUCAUCAGAUGGUGAUAUGAAAGAAAUUCUUUCAUCAGAUGGUGAGAUGAAAGUACCUCUUUCAUCAGAUCGUGAUAUGAAAGUAAUUCUUUCAUCAGAUGGUGAGAUGAAAGUACCUCUUUCAUCAGAUGGUGAGAUGAAAGCAACUCUUUCAUCAGAUGGUGAGAUGAAAGCAACUCUUUCUUCAGAUGGUGAGAUGAAAGUAACUCUUUCAUCAGAUGGUGAGAUGAAAGUACCUCUUUCAUCAGAUGGUGAGAUGAAAGCAACUCUUUCAUCAGAUGGUGAGAUGAAAGCAACUCUUUCUUCAGAUGGUGAGAUGAAAGUAACUCUUUCAUCAGAUGGUGAGAUGAAAGCAACUCUUUCAUCAGAUGGUGAGAUGAAAGUAACUCUUUCAUCAGAUGGUGAGAUGAAAGUACCUCUUUCAUCAAAUGGUGAGAUCAAAGUAACUCUUUCAUCAGAUGGUGAGAUGAAAGCAACUCUUUCAUCAGAUGGUGUGAUGAAAGUACCUCUUUCAUCAGAUGGUGAUAUGAAAGAAAUUCUUUCAUCAGAUGGUGAGAUGAAAGUACCUCUUUCAUCAGAUCGUGAUAUGAAAGUAAUUCUUUCAUCAGAUGGUGAGAUGAAAGUACCUCUUUCAUCAGAUGGUGAGAUGAAAGCAACUCUUUCAUCAGAUGGUGAGAUGAAAGCAACUCUUUCUUCAGAUGGUGAGAUGAAAGUAACUCUUUCAUCAGAUGGUGAGAUGAAAGUACCUCUUUCAUCAGAUGGUGAGAUGAAAGUACCUCUUUCAUCAAAUGGUGAGAUGAAAGUACCUCUUUCAUCAGAUGGUGAGAUGAAAGUAACUCUUUCAUCAGAUGGUGAGAUGAAAAUACCUCUUUCAUCAAAUGGUGAGAUGAAAGCAACUCUUUCAUCAGAUGGUGAGAUGAAAGUAACUCUUUCAUCAGAUGGUGAGAUGAAAGCAACUCUUUCAUCAGAUGGUGAGAUGAAAGUACCUCUUUUAUCAGAUGGUGAGAUCAAAGUAACUCUUUCAUCAGAUGGUGAGAUGAAAGCAACUCUUUCAUCAGAUGGUGAGAUGAAAGUACCUCUUUCAUCAGAUGGUGAGAUGAAAGUAAUUCUUUCAUCAGAUGGUGAGAUGAAAGUUCCUCUUUCAUCAGAUGGUGAGAUGAAAGUACCUCUUUCAUCAGAUGGUGAGAUGAAAGCAACUCUUUCAUCAGAUGGUGAGAUGAAAGCAACUCUUUCUUCAAAUGGUGAGAUGAAAGUAACUCUUUCAUCAGAUGGUGAGAUGAAAGAAACUCUUUCAUCAGAUGGUGAGAUGAAAGUAACUCUUUCAUCAGAUGGUGAGAUAAAAGUACCUCUUUCAUCAGAUGGUGAGAUCAAAGUAACUCUUUCAUCAGAUGGUGAGAUGAAAGCAACUCUUUCAUCAGAUGGUGAGAUGAAAGUACCUCUUUCAUCAGAUGGUGAUAUGAAAGUAAUUCUUUCAUCAGAUGGUGAGAUGAAAGUACCUCUUUCACCAGAUGGUGAGAUGAAAGCAACUCUUUCAUCAGAUGGUGAGAUAAAAGCAACUCUUUCUUCAGAUGGUGAGAUGAAAGUAACUCUUUCAUCAGAUGGUGAGAUGAAAGCAACUCUUUCAUUAGAUGGUGAGAUGAAAGUACCUCUUUCAUCAGAUGGUGAUAUGAAAGUAAUUCUUUCAUCAGAUGGUGAGAUGAAAGUACCUCUUUCAUCAGAUGGUGAGAUGAGAGCAACUCUUUCAUCAAAUGGUGAGAUGAAAGCAACUCUUUCAUCAGAUGGUGAGAUGAAAGUAACUCUUUCAUCAGAUGGUGAGAUGAAAGUACCUCUUUCAUCAGAUGGUGAGAUGAAAGUUCCUCUUUCAUCAGAUGGUGAGAUGAAAGUAACUCUUUCAUCAGAUGGUGAGAUGAAAGUACCUCUUUCCUCAGAUGGUGAGAUGAAAGUAAUUCUUUCAUCAGAUAGUGAGAUGAAAGUACCUCUUUUAUCAGAUGGUGAGAUGAAAGUAACUCUUUCAUCAGAUGGUGAGAUGAAAGUAACUCUUUCAUCAGAUAGUGAGAUGAAAGUAACUCUUUCAUCAGAUGAUGGUGAGAUGAAAGUACCUCUUUCAUCAGAUGGUGAGAUGAAAGUAACUCUUUCAUCAGAUGGUGAGAUUUCCAUCACCCCGCCCCAUUCUCCGCUUUCCAUCACCCCGCCCCAUUCUCCCGAUUUCCAUCACCCCGCCCCAUUCUCCUGCUUUCCAACACCCUGCCCCAUUCUCCUGCUUUCCAUCACCCCACCCCAUUCUCACUCUUUCCAUCACCCCUCCCCAUUCUCCCUCUUUCCAUCACCCCGCCCCAUUCUCCUGCUUUCUAUCACCCCGCCCCAUUCUCCCUCUUUCCAUCACCCUGCCCCAUUCUCCCGCCUUCCAUCACCCCGCCCCAUUCUCCAUCUUUCCAUCACCCUGCCCAAUUCUCCCACGUUCCAUCACCCCGCCCCAUUCUCCCGCCUUCCAUUACCCCGCCCCAUUCUCCCUCUUUCUAUCACCCCGCCCCAUUCUCCCGCUUUCCAUCACCCCGCCCCAUUUUCCCGAUUUCCAUCACCCCGCCCCAUUCUCCGCUUUCCAUCACCCCGCCCCAUUCUCCCGCUUUCCAUCACCCCGCCCCAUUCUCCCGCUUUCCAUCACCCAGCCCCAUUCUCCCGCUUUCCAUCACCCCGCCCCAUUCUCCCGCUUUCCAUCACCCCGCCCCAUUCUCCCUCUUUCCAUCCCAUUCUCCCGCAUUCCUUCACCCCGCCCCAUUUUCCCUCGUUCCAUCACCCCGCUCCAUUCUCCCGCUUUCCAUCACCCCGCCCAAUUCUCCCUCUUUCCAUCACCCCUCCCCAUUCUCCCUCUUUCCAUCACCCCGCCCCAUUCUCCCGCUUUCCAUCACCACGCCCCAUUCUCCCUCUUUCCACCACCCUGCCCCAUUCUCCCUCUUUCCAUCACCCCGCCCCAUUCUCCCGCUUUCCAUCACCCCGCCCCAUUCUCCCUCUUUCCAUCACCCCGCCCCAUUCUCCCGCUUUCCAUCACCCCGCCCCGUUCUCCCUCUUUCCAUCACCCCGCUCCAUUCUCCCGCUUUCCAUCACCCCGCCCAAUUCUCCCUCUUUCCAUCACCCCUCCUCAUUCUCCCUCUUUCCAUCACCCCGCCCCAUUCUCCCGCUUUCCACCACCCCGCUCCAUUCUCCCGCUUUCCAUCACCCUGCCCAAUUCUCCCGCUUUCCAUCACCACGCCCCAUUUUCCCUCUUUCCAUCACCCCGCCCCAUUCUCCCGCUUUCCAUCACCCCGCCCCAUUCUCCCGCUUUCCAUCACCUCGCUCCAUUCUCCCGUUUUCCAUCACCCCGCCCAAUUCUCCCUCUUUCUAUCACCCCUCUCCAUUCUCCCUCUUUCCAUCACCCCGCCCCAUUCUCCCGCUUUCCAUCACCCCGCCCCAUUCUCCCUCUUUCCAUCACCCCGCCCCAUUCUCCCGCUUUCCAUCACCCCGCCCCAUUCUCCCGCUUUUCAUCACCCCGCCCCAUUCUCCCGCUUUCCAUCACCCCGCCCCAUUCUCUCGCCUUCCAUCACCCCGCCCAAUUCUCCCGCUUUCCAUCACCCCGCCCCAUUCUCCCGCUUUCCAUCACCACGCCCCCUUCUCCCUUCUUCCAUCACCCCGCCCCAUUCUCCUGCAAUCCAUCACCCCGCCCCAUUCUCCCGCUUUCUAUCAGCCCGCCCCAUUCUCCUGCUUUCCAUCACCCCGCCCCAUUCUCCCUCCUUCCAUCACCCCGCUUCAUUUUCCCUCCUUCCAUCACCCCGCCCCAUUCUCCCUCCUUCCAUCACCCCGCCCCAUUCUCCCGCUUUCCAUCUCCCCGCCCCAUUCUCCCGCUUUCCAGCACCCGCCCCAUUCUCCUGCUUUCCAUCACCCCGCCCCAUUCUUCUGCUUUCCAUCACCCCGCCCCAUUCUCCCGCUUUCCAUCACCCCACACCAUUCACCCGCUUUCCAUCACCCGCCCCAUCUCCCGCUUUCCAUCACCCCGCCCCAUUCUCCCGCUCUCCAUCACCCCGCCCCAUUCUCCCGCUUUUAA